AUGAACUUUCUAAAAUCGUCACCGAAGAGAUGGCUGUUAGACUUCGAAAGUGUCGUGUUCUUCCUAAUAUCUAUGCAAGAAGUGAUAGUGUCGAGAGACCAUCGUGAUGCUACUGUUGCGAUGGCACGUGGUCAUCAAAAGAUUCAAUCUCAACAGAAGGCUCAGAAGAAGGCUGAAGCAUUGAGAAAGUCCCAAGGCUGCGACCAGCGCGGAGCUGCUCAGAAGGCAUUGCAUCACAAAUGCGCAGUGUGCAUGGCACAGAUGCCUGAUCCGAAAACUUAUAAGCAGCACUUUGAAAGCCGAGCAGCACUUUGA